AAUGGGAACGAAUAAAACUACGGUUGCGGUCGGUUGUAUUUUCGAAUAUUAUGGAAAGAUACCAGAGAACGUCUAUAAUACAAACGAGAAAUUGACGUUGCUAGAGAAAGCGGUCUAUGACAAUGAUCCAGAAACAAUAAAGAAAUUAGUUAUGAAUGGCCGAAUGGUCGAUGCUCAAUUAAAGAUUGGCAGAAUGUCAUGUAUAGAAUAUGCGGCAAUGAUGGGAUAUCAUAAAGUUCUUCAACAACUUUUUGAACUUUCUAUCAAUGGAAAAAUUCUAGAGACCUAUUUUCGAUCGAAUGACAUUGUCCAGAGGUCUCAGCUAUUAUCGCGUAACAAAGACGUCUUCUUCGAUAGAGGUGGCUUAGCCGAGGCUAAUCGAUGGUUAGCUGCAUUAUAUACAGCCAUUGAAUACAAUCAGAGCGAAUGUCUACUGGUUUUACUUGAUUUGCUCGGGUCAAGAGAAAUCGAAACGGCCGCCUUUCGCAGUGGCUCUACAACUGAGGCUAUUAGGCCUAUUGAGCUAGCGGAGCUAAGAGGUUUCUGA